UAGCCUCUUCCUGCGUUUCCAAAACCUUCGUGCUUCCCUUCUCUUGUUGUCUCUCAGUCUCCCUCGGCGACGUCCGAGCAUUUCUCCGCCUCUUCUUCUCACCUUCCUCACUUCCACAGAUAGAGAUGUUGCUCGGGAAGCGUUCUAGUCCACCGAUGAAGCGGACAGCUAGCUCGAUGGAGUUCUCUGACGGCGUCCUUUUCGACGUCGAGGCUCCCCAGCCGCUGGUUCAGGAUGGAUCGAUUUCAGGCCAACUCUUUGAUCUGCGGUGGGGUGCGGCGGAGGUGGGGCAGAGAUCGCCAUCCAUGUAUGCGGGAUCCAUGGCCUCGCCCCGCGGGCGACUAGGUGGCGCCUUGGACUUCUCCGGACUGCCUGGGACGGCAUCCUUCUUGAGGGCCUGCGGACUCUGCAAUCGAAGCCUCGGGCCAGGACGAGAUGCUUACAUUUAUAGGGGUGAGAUUGCGUUUUGCAGCCUCGAAUGCCGUCAGCAGCACAUCAACUUAGAUGAACUGAAAGAGAAGCGCUCCCCCAAUUCCUCUGCUACCAAAGGUGGCGCUAGUGGAUCACGGGCAGCUUCUUGAGCUAUCUUCGCCGUCGUCUAUAAAAUUCUCAGGCGCCCCAGGAAAAAGACUACAAAUGCUACGGCCAGCAACCGAAUGGAUAUCAUGCGGUUAUAUAUUAUCCAGCAUCAACAAAACCAUCAGAAAAGAAGUUAUAAGACUUGGAAUGGAAUAAACAGAAAAUUAUAUUGUCUCCAACGAUUUCUUUUAGAUCUCUCUCUUUCCUGUAAAAUGCUUCCCUUUUGGAAUGGAAUAAUAAGAUGGUAUUCAUACUUUGAGUGCAUUA